CAGGCACCUUGUCGUGGUGCGGGGGCUUAGUCGAAUCAUUAAUCAGACCUUAUCAGUGGAUGGUAGUGUAGUCGUUUAAGUACAUUCCAGUACGGAACGAUUACAUUCCAUUCCUUUGGUUCGGGCUGUCUUUUUGAACGAUGACCAAGUUCUGCCAACCCCCUAAUCCAGGGUGUAAUGCGACACCGUGCCCAUUGGAUGGUUUGCAGCCAGGGGGUUUACCAGACCGGUUGUAUUUUAACGGCGCCUUCCUAACACCGGGCCGCCUUAGGGAGUAACUGUGGCCUUGCUGCGGCAUGGGGCGCUGUCGUGGUGGACCGUUUGAAUUCCCCAUUAUAUUACUUAGACCACUGCGCUUGCCUCGUCGAGCAGGUGGUCGUACGAACAAGAUGAAAACAACUAAAUAUUCAAAUUACAAUUCAAAUCAACAAGUUUUAACGGAGUUAUUGGGCCAAUUGAUGAGAGCUGGCAACUCGUCAAAUGGCUAUAGUGGAGGUAUGAGUAGACAUAGGAGUAGCAUUAGUAGGCGUGCAGCUGCCAGAACUAGACGCCGACAAGGAGCUCGUUCACAGGGCAGUGAAGCAGUGCGGAGGACAGGGGCUAGUGGUAGCACGGCAUCACAACAAGCUAAAAAAAGUGGUGCUGCUAAUGCUGCGAGUUCAACUGCAGCAAAAGCCACAGCCCAAAAGCGAAGUGCCGCAGAAAGCAGUGCUGAACCUGAAAAGAAAAAAACUGCUUCAGAUGAAACCGCGGCAGGUGGGGAUUCCAAUCAGAGCAAAACUUCUGAAGCAGAUCCUUACUUAAAGGGGCUAUGUGAGUCUGGAGUACGAUGGUAUCUGCGUUAUUUGAAAGAAGGGCUUGACCCUAAAGCUGCUUGCAAAAAAGCUUGGGAACAUAGAACCGAACCUUCUGAGUAUGAACCACAGUGGGGAAAAGAAUUUCUUGUCAAAGAAGUUGAAGAAGAGCCCACAAGUAGACAGCGAACCAGAAGGAAAGGAGCUAAAAAGCCUGAAAUCAAUGAAGAUUAUCGCAUUGCAGUACAUCCAAAAGACUUCCCAGAUCAAAUGCUCGAUCUGGGCUCUGUAAUAUUCCUCGAAGAGGCAAUCACAGCAGAAAUAGCAAAAUGUACAGACGUAAAACCGCAAUUUGUUUAUGCUCAUCUGCGUCCAGGUGCUUUGCUUCUCGAUUGCGUGAAUGAAGAAACCGUCAAUUGGCUGAAAGAUAUAGUCACCAAAUUGUCGAAUUGGGAAGGCCCCGAAUUGACAACAAGCCAAGAACGCGUGAUUCCAGACGCAUACGUCAUGACAGUUGCAUUGCCGAGGAGCAUUGGUCAAGAAUUCGAACGUACAUUGGCCUUGAUUUCGGCACAAAAUGAAGAUUUAAAUACAGAGGUAUGGAAAUUGGUGAAUGAACGUGAAGAAAACGAAAAACAAGUGAUUACGAUUCUUGUGGAUAAAGAUUCUUUCAAUACAAUGAAAAGAAACGAUUGGAAGCUAUACUACAGAUUCGAGAAAGUCAGCGUGCAUUUCCAUCGCUAUUUACGAUAUAAUAACAAGCCUGUGUUAUGGAUAACUAAUCCCAGUUGUCAUAAACAAAAUCAGGUUAAACCACCUGGUCCCGCUAAUGCAGUAUAAAUUAAAAAGUACAAUAAAUCUCCUUGUCAUUCGGCGAAUUGGUCUGUAGAAAUACAGGCGACGGAGUAGGCGACUUCCAAGUGAGUUCGAAGCUGUCGUUUAUAGUUCAACAACGUCGACGUCACUUGUUCCGGCAGCUUAGGUAUAUGAUCGCCCCUCGGAUGAUAGCCAUCAGCAUCAGCCACAUAUGUCAUCGUAAUGGGAAUACCCUCUAGCGAAAUGUACUGCACCACGCCGCUUUGUCCGUAUUCAUUACCCGCUGCUUUUAUAGUGAUGCCGUUGGAUGUUUGGAACUCGUAAUGAAAGUCGCCAUGUGCAUUGGACGCCCGGUUAGUGUAGUAAAUGGUGUGUGCAUCACGAUCAAUUGGCCGAAUGACCGCUUGUGCGGACUGCAGUUGUGCAAGGAAACAGCAAAAGAAUGUGCACACGAGGAGAUAUAUUAGCUAUACAUUAGUUGGGAGAGGAGGAAAACAACAAUUUAUAUUCGUAAAAUAUAAGAAAUAGCCAGUAAUGUUUGUGGUAAAAUAAGAACAAACCGUUGAUUGGAAUUCUAAUCCAACGUUGAAUCGAAUUUUACGUGUCAUCUGCAUUGUAAGCCACAUUCCCAUUUGAUUAAAUUUAGCGUCUAAUGACACAGUAGAAUGGAAUCGCCGCAAGUCCAGUUAGCAGAUCGCUUAUUUAUUCGGCGCUGCUCACACACGCACACAAGCGUUUUUCGAUAGCUCUUAUAGCACGCCACUAAUAAUCUGCAUGAAUCGCACCCGUAACGAAAUGAAGCACGAUUCUGGUGCCGGGGAAGCUUUUAUAGAUGCGUCGCAGGUAUGCAAAUUAAUUCGGCAAUUUUUUUUUGCACACCAAGACGACGUUAAUUAUUUUAUUAGCAAGAAGCGGUAUGGUAUAUUUUUCUGCAAGUUGUUUAUGUCCACUCAAGCAUUUGAUGUGACGUGACAUCUGUGUUUGUGAAACAUACAACAAAUGAAAGAGAAGUGAACCAGUAAAGAGCGACACUUCAAAGAGAUCGCUAUCAAUCUGGCUUAGCGCGUUUGCGGAAUGUGUGUCAUAGUGCGGAAUUGUGAGUGUGACAAACUGAACGGCAAUGCUUAAUUGAAUGCUUCUGGACUGAAUGAUGGAGUUGCCAAUCGACCGCUACAUGAGAUCAUAUAAUUUCAUAGAUUCAAAUUCGCCAAUUUCUAUAUAUUUAAAAAAAAAGUAUUUGUAAGUUUGUCAUGCAAUUGUCCUGAGGAGCGAUAAUAUGAACGUCAGUAUCAAAUAAAUAAAAUCUUCAUUUGUAUACCGAUCUAUGGAUGGUAACCACUUAA